AUGAAGAGUUUUGUAGAGGUUCCUGCUAAUUCCGACUUUCCCAUUCAAAAUUUGCCUUUUGGCGUCUUUUCGACCUGCGAGAAUCCGACGCAUAGAAUCGGAGUCGCCAUUGGAGAGCAGAUCUUAGAUCUUUCGGCUGUUGAUGAUUCGAUCUGGGCCGGCAUUGACGCCAACUUGCCAUCUGCGUUCAAACAGCCAGUCCUCAAUGACUUCAUGUCAAUGGGUCGAUCUGUCUGGUCUGCAGUAAGAAAAACUCUCCAGGAUGAUCUUCUUGCUGAAGGGUCAUCAAGUCAAGAAAAAAUUGCUGCUUGCUUGAUCCCGCAAGCGACUGCUAAAAUGCACUUGCCUGCAAAGAUUGGGGACUACACUGAUUUCUACUCAUCGGUUCAUCAUGCAACGAAUGUUGGAAUCAUGUUUAGAGGGAAGUUUUUGUUAUAA